AUGAUUACCGAAGUUGUCCCUGUGCCUACGGUGUCAAGCGCUGCAACCUACGCUAUCCCUGGUCUUCUAGUCUACAGUGUAGCUCUAUGUCUGUACCGCGUGUUCUUUCAUCCACUAGCCAAAUACCCAGGCCCGUUAAGCUACAAGCUCAGCGGUUGGCCCCUCUUAUGGCAGGCAUACACUGGAGAUCGGCAUAUCUGGCACCUCAAAGACCACGAGAAAUAUGGACCCAUCGUCCGCAUCGCUCCCAACACACUCUCCUUCAACACUGCAUCGGCCUUGAGCACAAUCUACGGCCCUCGCAGCGCCAACGUCAAGAAAGGCGAAUGGUACAAGACCUUCGACAUCGCCGCCGGAUCCUACAGCAGCUUCACCGAAACAGAGAGAGAGAAGCAUACCAUCAAGCGACGAUGGAUGAGCCCAGCGUUCUCGGGCGAUUCUAUGAAAGCCAACGAACCGCUUAUCAUCAACAUUGUAGAACGAUUUUGUAGGACGUUGAAGCCGGCUACCUCCGGCUGGGGCGCUAAGUGGAACAUGAGUGAGAUGAGCACUUAUCUUGGAUUCGACAUCAUGGGUGCGUUGGUGUUCGGUUGUGACUUUAAGAGUGUGCAAGAGAGGCGAAAUAGAGACCUGGCGAAUUCAGUUCUGCCUGCUAGUAUGCUGAUGUACUGGAUAUCUUACUUACCUUUAGCGGUCCUCGUGCGCCCGCUACUGCGCACCAGACUUUUCGAGUUGGUCGGAGGCAAUUCUGUGGCGGAUAACAACCGCCUCAUCGAUUAUGCGAGUGGCCAGGUGCAAGCGCGGCUCACAAGGAGUGAGGUUGAAAAGAAUAUUGCAGAAGGGAGGAUCGACUUUCUAUCCCGCUUGGUCGGCGUCGAAGACAAGAAGACUGGCUGGCAGCCUACAAUCGAAGACCUUGGCACAGAAAGUCUGAACAUGAUCAACGCUGGUGCAGAUCCAUUCAGUGGUGUGCUCGCAGGAGCCAUCUUCUACCUCGUUCACAACCCCGAGGCCCUUCAGAAGGCCACCACCGAAGUACGGGACACAUUUGCCUCACCGGUCGAAAUACAGAGUGGACGUGACCUGAAUGAAUGUACUUACCUCUACGCAUGUAUCGAGGAGACACUGCGACGCACUGCACCCGUACCCAGCCACCUUCCGCGCAUUGUCCUCUCGGGUGGCAUGGAUAUCGAUGGCGAGUACCUCCCCGCAGACACAGUUGUAGGCGUUCCCAUGUACGCUAUCCACCAUAACCCCUCCUAUUUCGCUGAGCCCUUCGCCUUUCGUCCAGAACGCUGGAUCGAAUCUGCCAACAAUUCACUUGAAAGUAUCGCAAUUGCACGUAGAGCAUUCAACCCUUUUAGUAUCGGCACGCGGCAGUGCAUUGGUAGGAAUUUGGCGUAUCUGCAGCUGAAGCUUACCUUGGCACAUUUGCUGUGGGGGCUCGACAUGCGACUUGCACCGGAUGGGCCGGGUUGUGGGGGAGGGAGGCUGGGAUUAGGGGUAGGAAGGGAGCGGGAAGACGAGUUUCAGCUGUGGGAUGCCUUCGGCUUUGGGAGGGAUGGACCAAUGGUGGAGUUCAAGGUGCAUAAUAGCUAUGAGAAAGCUGAAUGA